GAUGGUUUGGCUUUCCCUUUUGACCUGUCGAAAUCGAACCAUAGAAAACUCUGCACUUCUUCCUCGAGAAAAAACAGUUAGCAUCCACCGCAAGAAGAGGCGGCUGGGGUGCUGGGAGAGCGAGCAGCUCGGGCGAGCAUGGCGGAGAAGCUGACGCCGGAGCAGGCCGACGAGUGCAAGGAGAUCUUCGACCUGUUCGACGCCGACGAGGACGGUCGCAUCGCCACGGGCGAGCUCGUGACGGCGCUGCGCUCGCUGGGCCAGAACGUGGACGAGGCCGAGGCGCGGCGCUUCCUGGAGGACGCGGGCGUCCCCGCGGGCGCCGCCGCCAUCGACCUCGCGGCGUUCCUGGCCGUGGCGGCGCGCAAGAUGGGCGCCAGGCAGUCGGCGGAGCGCCUCGCGGAGUGCUUCGACGUGUUCGACGACGCCCGCAGCGGGUCCAUCCCCGCGGAGCAGCUGCGGCAGGUGAUGGUGAGCCACGGCGACCGGCUCACGGAGGAGGAGGCCGACGCGAUGCUCCGCGAGGCCGACCCCCGCGGCGAGGGCCGCGUCGAGUACAAGGAGUACGUCAAGGUGCUGCUCAGGGACAAGAAAUGACCCGGUGGUCCGUCGCCGGCGGGCGGCGGCGGCCAUGAGCUAUCGAUCGAUCGGACGUGGCCUUCUGGAUCAAGAUUCAGUAUCUUGUCUUAACUUGCGUCAGUGACUGUGACUCGGUGUCAAUGUAUUCUGGGUGUACGGUACCAGUUUGCACUGGCGAUUACCAUUUCUUCCGGGUUAUCUUGGUGUCAAUCGACGAUCAAGGCACUAGGCACGACACGAACGCGAUCACAGCUCGCAGGAUCCAUUCACUUCAGGACAUGGCGUUCUACAAGUCCAGCGUCCUCCAAGAGGCAAGAGGGCUCCGUUACCGUGUGCUGCUGGAUGAACUUCUGCUCCAUCAGCGCGCCGCCGCGGAGGCAGCCGAUGAUCCAAGACGAAGAGAGAGCGGGUGGAGCCCAGCCAGCGCGGCCGUGAAGCGGAACGCGUCCGUCGAGCGACAGAGAGAGAGCGGGUCGUGGUUUACGUGGGCCCGGAAAAUUUCAGGGGAGCUGGGCGGAUCGUGAUUGCAUCGAUGUUGGGCCGAAGCCCAUUACAUACGCCAGAGCACAGAGCAUGCGCGGGCUGCCGCUGCAGCUGUUUAGUCCCACCUCGCCCAGCCAAGCAGAGCCGUGGCGUCGACUCGCUACAUAACGAGGCCCUAUGCAGCGUUUCAAAGCAUACCUUUCUCGGCCUUUUGGCUAAGAUCAAGUGUAGUAUCUGUUCUUAUCAGUUUAAUAUCUGAUACGUGGGCCAUGCGCCCACUUUGAUAUUAAAUUUAUUUUUUGUGGGGGAGGGUCCACCAUAGUGGCUUGCCACUGGGGCCCUCGAGCGUCGCCCAGCCGUUGCACUGCUGGCAGGGCCUGGCGCACCCCAAC